AUGGAGCAUGAUGCUUCUGCUACACCUAAGGCUUCAGAAGAUAGAGACAACAAGUUCCUAACAAAAGCUGUUGAAGAAGCAUAUAAAGGUGUUGAAUCUGGUGAUGGACGACCAUUUGGAGCAGUCAUUGUUCAAAAUGAUGAAGUUGUUGUUAGCUGUCAUAACAUGGUUUUAAGGAACAAAGAUCCUACUGCUCAUGCUGAGGUUAUUGCUAUAAGAGAGGCUUGUCAAAAGCUGGAUCGAAUUUGCCUUGCUGACUGUGAAAUCUAUGCUUCUUGUGAACCUUGUCCAAUGUGUUUUGGUGCCAUUCAUUUUUCAAAAAUUAAGAGACUGGUUUAUGGAGCCAAAGCAGACGUUGCGGUAGCUAUUGGAUUCGAUAGUUUUAUUGCUGAUGCACAGAAGGACACUAGUUCUCAUCAGAAGUCUCGGUUGGAGAUCAAAAAGAUAGAAGGUACUGCAGCUGCACUUGCGGAACAAGUAUUUGCGAACACAAAGGGCGAGUAUACUCUCUAG